GGGUUUCUCCUCCACCGCGCCGUUGUUACCAGCAUUCUCGUUUCCUACCAUUCAUUCAUUCAUUCCUGGACUUGGUUUUCUGCUCACUGAAACACACACACACACUCACACAUUUUCACGGUGCGACACGUCUAUACAACAGGUUUUGCCUUCUCGCUCUCUUCAGACUUCGGGCAACUUCGAAGCAAGAGGCGCCCAUCUAAAUAGCGAAGACCCACCUGGACUGACGCCAGGCACCGUUUCUUUUUUUGUUUCUUCUGUUGAAGAAGGAGGAGUACACGACAGUCUCUGCAGGGCUUUCCGUUUCCGUGGUACUUGUCGACGUGGUGCGAUACCUUUUCUUUCCUUCUCUUCUUCUUCUUCUCUCUCCACGAGCCGCUUCCCGAAGUCGUCGUGAAGAAACGAAACAACGACAGCAGAAUGCCAUCCGCCAAGGAAGUCGCGGAUGCGCGCGCCUACGCCCAGGCGCAGGAGGAGGCGGGUGACAAGAAGAAGAUGCAGAACAUCAGCGAGGCGGAGCUGAACGAGCUCGACACCCUCACAAACGACCAACUCCGCACCCGCAACCGCAACCUGCACCAAGAGGCGCAGACGCUGCGUAGCGUCGAGAAUCGCUCUAAGCACGAGCUGAUUCAGCUGAAGCGCGAGGUGGAGCUCGGCAAGAAGCGCGUGAAGGAGAACAACCGUCUGCCGUACCUCGUAGCGAGCAUCGCCGAAGUGCUCGACCUGAGCGACGAUGACGACGAAGCAGAAGAGCUGGCGGUGGGCCGCAAGAAGCCGGAGCGGAAGCAGCGGAGUGCGGUGAUCAAGACGACGAACCGCCACACAGUGUUCCUCCCCGUUGUCGGUCUCGUGGACGCCGAUAAGCUGUCCCCCGAGGACCUGGUCGGUGUGAACAAGGACACCUUCCUCGUGCUGGAUACUCUGCCCCCGGACUACGAUAGCCGGGUGAAGGCGAUGGAGAUCGACGAGAAGCCGAAGGAGAAGUACACGGAUGUGGGUGGUCUGGACAAGCAAAUUAACGAGCUUAUUGAAGCCGUCGUGAUGCCGAUCACGCACAAGGAGCAGUUUGAAAAGAUCGGCAUUCAACCCCCGAAGGGUGUGCUGCUGUAUGGGGAGCCGGGUACGGGUAAGACGAUGCUGGCCCGUGCGUGUGCGGCGGCGACGGAUGCGUGCUUUCUGCGUCUGGCCGGGCCGCAGCUGGUACAGAUGUUCAUCGGCGAUGGCGCACGCAUCGUGCGGGACGCCUUCGCGAUGGCGAAGAAGAAGGCCCCCUCCAUCAUCUUCAUCGACGAGCUGGACGCCGUCGGCUCGAAGCGCUCCGACGAGGGCAAGCACGGCAGCCGCGAGGUGCAGCGUACAAUGCUGGAGCUGCUCUCCCAGCUGGACGGCUUCGGCAGCAGCGACGACGUAAAAGUGAUCGCAGCAACCAACCGCAUCGACGUGCUCGACCCGGCCCUGCUGCGUAGCGGUAGGCUCGAUCGCAAGGUGGAGUUCCCGAUGCCAGACGAGGAGUCGCGGGCGAGUAUUCUAGAAAUUCACUCCCGUCGCAUGAAUCUGGACAAGGACGUGAACUUCAAGGAGCUGGCGCGGUGCACGGAUGACAUGAACGGCGCGCAGCUCAAGGCGGUGUGCGUGGAGGCGGGCAUGCUGGCGCUGCGCCACGACCGCACCUACGUGGCCCACGAAGACUUUGUGGAGGGCGUGGCGGCGGUGCAGGCACGCAAGAAGACGAACCUCAACUACUACGCGUAA